AUGUCCACCGAAGCCAAUGUUGGCAAUUUCUUUGCGUCCUCAGCCUCCGCGGCUGUGGGUGCUAGCUCAAACCCCGCCAAUUUCGGCCACCGAGUCUGUGCAUGGUAUCUCUAUUUCUAUCAUGACUUGCCAGUCACUCCCAUUAAUCCGGGGUCGGCAACUAUUUCUGCUCUGGAAAAGGACCAUCCCACUGUCCCCAGCGUCGCGGCGCUUCCCAACCCCAAACAGACGUCCAUCACAGAGGCAAAGGAGCUAAGGAUCCUAUCCGCGUGGCUGCAGCCUGGUAGCUUUGACGAUGACGUCCUCAAGUUUGCCAAUGAGCAAGGCGGAUUCAAUGCAGUCGUGGCUGGCGAUGACGGCCGGCGCAGGCUGAAAGCAGCUGGGAAGCUGUAA